AUGCCGCCUGACAAAGGCGAAUCGGCGCGCGCCUCCUCCUUCUCCGCGCCGGAGUCCUUCGGAGCUGCCUCUUUGCCGCAGGCCUCCUCUGCCUCAGCGGCUCCGCCGCCUGCGCCGCGAAGACGCGCUUUUGGAGACGACGACGUCCCAGACGACUUUGUUCUUCCCGAGGGAGACGUCGAGCGAGGCCGCCUCCUGUUCAAAAAGUACUGUGCGCAGUGUCACUGUAUCAACCAGUACCACAUACAGGCCUCCGGUUGCACUCUGCUGGGACCCUCGCUCUACGGCCUGUAUGGCAGGACGGCAGGCGCAGGCCCGCGCACUUCGUUCGUCACGUCGUCUGCGACGAUGAAGGAGAGCGGCAUCGUUUGGACAGAUAUAACGCUGAUGCGGUAUCUCAAGAAUCCUCGGGCCUUCGCCCAGCACACGAUCAGCAUGAACUUCAGGGGUCUCAGCGAAUGGCAGGAUCGCGUGGAUCUGAUUUGGUACAUCAAGGCGGCCUGCCAUCAAGACUGGCUCCCCUUUCAUACACGUCCGCUGGAAGAAGUGUUGAAGAGCCGAGACCGGCGCAACAAAGACGACGGAGAAGACGAGAACUGA